UAACGCCUUCCUCCGCGCGCUCCCCUUCUCUCGCAUUUGCUCCCACCGGUUCUCCAUCUUUUUCCGGCGAAGAAGUGGAAUCCCGGAGUCUCGUGUUUCUCACCUGCGAUCCAACUGCACUGCUGAGCACCUCCAUAUUCUCCGGCGAAGCCGCAGUCAGCCGUGCGUUUCCUGUCUCCCGCUUUCUCCAUUUUCUCCGGUGGGGAGAUAUCCCUGCAAAGAGCCGAAGAAAUCCGUCUCUCUUCCGAGACAGAGUAACGGUUGGUAGAAGAAAUUAAAAGAAUUUGACGAAAGAUUGAGCAUUUACCUUCCAUCAAUAACAUCCCGGAGAAUGGAUGGAUCAAGCGCUCAAGCUUGUGGUAAUGUGGACUCUUUUCUGAGGAACUAUAAGCUUGGCAAAACUCUUGGCAUUGGGUCCUUUGGUAAAGUGAAAAUAGCGGAACAUGCGUUGACCGGGCAUAAAGUUGCUGUCAAGAUUCUUAAUCGCAAAAAGAUAAAAAAUAUGGAAAUGGAAGAAAAAGUUAGGAGGGAAAUCAAAAUACUGAGGUUGUUUAUGCAUCCUCACAUCAUACGGCUGUAUGAGGUGAUAGAGACAGCAUCAGACAUCUAUGUUGUGAUGGAGUAUGUGAAAUCUGGGGAGCUGUUUGAUUACAUUGUAGAGAAGGGCCGUUUGCAGGAGGAUGAAGCUCGUAAAUUCUUUCAACAGAUCAUUUCUGGUGUGGAGUACUGCCACAGGAAUAUGGUGGUUCAUAGAGACCUUAAGCCUGAGAACCUGCUUUUAGAUUCCAAAUGUAAUGUGAAGAUUGCUGAUUUUGGUUUAAGUAAUGUUAUGCGUGAUGGUCAUUUCUUGAAGACAAGCUGUGGAAGCCCUAACUAUGCUGCUCCUGAGGUCAUUUCGGGAAAGUUGUAUGCUGGCCCUGAGGUAGAUGUAUGGAGCUGCGGAGUUAUUUUAUAUGCCCUUCUUUGUGGUACUCUUCCAUUUGAUGAUGAAAAUAUCCCCAACCUAUUUAAGAAAAUAAAGGGUGGGAUAUACACCCUUCCCAGUCAUUUAUCAGCUGGUGCAAGGGAUUUGAUACCAAGAAUGCUUAUAGUUGACCCAAUGAAGCGAGUGACAAUUCCUGAGAUUCGCACACACCCUUGGUUUCAAGCUCAUCUGCCCCGCUACCUAGCUGUUCCUCCACCAGAUACAAUGCAGCAAGCCAAAAAGAUUGAUGAAGAAAUACUGCAAGAGGUAAUUAAGAUGGGAUUUGAAAGAAACCAUCUAAUUGAGUCUCUUCGCAACAGAGUUCAAAAUGAGGGCACGGUUGCCUACUAUUUGCUACUUGACAACCGCUUUCGUGUUUCUAGUGGUUAUUUGGGUGCUGAAUUUCAAGAAUCAAUGGAAUAUGCUUUCAAUCAUAUGAACUCAAUCGAUCUUGUAGGACUACCUUCUGGGCAACGCUUUACUGGGGUGAUCGAUUAUCAACCAGUUGGUGCAAGGCAGUUUCUAGCUGAGAGGAAAUGGGCUCUCGGGCUACAGUCCCGAGCUCAUCCACGCGAAAUAAUGACUGAAGUCCUCAAAGCCCUACAAGAGCUGAAUGUGUGUUGGAAAAAAAUUGGGCAGUACAAUAUGAAAUGCCGGUGGACUCCUAGCUUUCCUAAUUAUCGUGAAGGUGUUGCGAUCAAUUCAUUUCAAAGUCAUAAUUACUUUGAAGACGAAUCUGCUAUCCUUGAAAAUCAAGGUGUUUUUAGAUCAGCAAAUGUUGUCAAAUUUGAAGUUCAGCUGUACAAAACUCGGGACAAUAAGUACCUGCUGGAUUUACAAAAGGUUCAGGGACCGCAGCUCCUCUUCUUGGAUCUUUGUGCUGCUUUCCUUGCCCAGCUCAGAGUUCUCUGAAGAAGAUUCAACAUCUUCUUCUUGCAAACCAUUUUAUGGUGUGUACAUAGUAAUAAUAUUUUAUGUUCUUCUCUUGCCCCCACCCCCACCCCCCAAACCCCAGAAAACCUGGUUCUGAACUGCCACCCUGAUUUCCAGAGGUGAGUGUGAUGGGUGCCCAAGACUUUCUUUUUUCUUUUCUGUUUGACUCUAAAUGAAUUGUGGCUUUUGCAUUUGGUACUUACUCUUUAUGUGGG